AGGCGCGAAACCAAUGGCUCCGACUCCAACUUUCCAUAAUGCUUACUCCUCUUUCUCAUCUCCUUUUCCGAUUCAAUUCUCUCUCUCUUUUUAUUUUUCCUUCGCCGCGAUUAAUUGACACGAAUAAAACACACCAAAUAUACCGCAUUUCGUAAGAUGUCGUGGCUGCGAUCAGCGGUGAAUAAGGCAGCCGCGCCGUGCGAAGCUAUGCUGACACCGUCGUCAAUACCGCUGUUGGUGGUUCAAAGCUCUUCCUAGAUGCCGCUGUAUGAUUCCCCAAUCUUUCGACGUCAAUUGUUUUUGCUAAUUCGACCUGUGGAUUUCUAAUUAAUUGUCUUAAAUUUGCUAAUCCUGUUCCCUUUCAGUUGUAUUAGAAAUGGGUCACUCACCCCUUAAAAGGGGUCGGAAAGGACAUCGGUCUUCCACUCGUGAGGUAGAUAAGAGAUAAAGAGAAAACCAUCAUCGACUUGGGCCCGCUCUGAUACCAUAUUAGAAAUGGGCCACUCACCCCUUAAAAGGCCUCAUAAGGGGAGGGUUAUCCACACUUAUAUAGAUUAGAUGGGAUCUUCACCAAGUCGAUGUGAGAUAGAAUUUAGAAGUUGAUUAACAAUAUUGAAGAAAACCAGGGCUUAGAAGAAUUUUCUGCAUAUUAGGGUCCUAAUUUGUGCAGUACAGAAAAUAGUAUUAUCAUUUUAGAUUGGUGGGCAAAUUAGAUUUCUUUUAUUAUCGUAUCUGACUUUAUUUUGCCAAAAUCCCUCGAAUUACAGCUUGGUGAUAGCUUAGUAUUCUAUAAGUAAUCAUAAUUAAAUCAAUGUGCAUAUGUUUGUUCCGUUAAUUUGCUAAUAUUUUCUAUGCACCCACUUUCUUCUGGAUCAAAGGCAUAGUUUUACAUCAUUCUCUUCAACUUGUUGGUGCUUUAGUGCCCUUGGAAUUUCCAAAACUAUAAGCUUGCAGUAAUACGACUGGAAGAAGUUUCUGUUUCUUGUAAGGGAGCAGAAAGAGUUCAGUUAUUAAGAAGAUGGUUAGUUUCCUUGAAACAGAUAGAGAUACUUAAUGAAGCUAUCCACUCCGGCCAUGGUCCAAAGCCAACUUUGUUUUCACAAGUUAUGUAUUAUGAUCCUGAUCGCGGGGGAGAACCAAUGGAUUUCCGUGAUGUGUUCCUUCAGAGUCAAGCACUUGAGGGCAUUACGCUAUCUUUUAUUCUCGAGGAACCCAAUCCGGAGGAACUUUCUUUGCUUCAGGGGAUAUUCAGGCUCAGUCUAAUGGGUGGAAAAGAAGCUCUUGAUGUGACAGUGACCAGUGUACAAGAUUUAGCUAAAGCCUUCUCGACCUACAAUGAAGAAGUGCUGGCAAAGAGGGCAGAGCUGCUUCAAUUUGUACAAGAUGCUAUGGCUGGACUGAAAGUAAAUGCUGAGAUAGUAAGAAUAGAUUCUGAACUCUCAAGUAUAAAUAAAAGACUACAAGAUAUGAAAAACGAGCCUAAACGAGAGGGCGGGAUAUCAUCUAACAUGUCAAAGGAGCAUCUGAAUGAAGCGCUCGCACAUUUGAGAUUGUGUUCCCGAUUGGUGGAGCUUCUAUCGCGUAAGAAAUUAAUAAUGCAAACUGGGGAUUGUCUCGCAGCACACAAACAAAAGGUUGACAAGCUAAAGGUAUUGUCAGAAUCUCUGGCAAGCUCUGCAUCACAAGAUGAAGCACACAUUUUAGAUAAUAGAUUACAAAAAGAAGAAGCUCUUAAAUUCCGUCUCACUAAAGCUGAUGAAGUACUCCAAAUGGAGAAGGAUUUGCAUAGUGAAAUCAAAGCUCUCCAGAAGAGAAAAGAUGAUCUUGAAGAAGAACUGAAACAGGUUACGGCUGCUUUGUCUUCAGCCCAUUCCCACCUUCACAAUGUCAAGGAAGAAAGAGAUCAAUUUGAUGGUGCUAGUAAUCAGGUUAUGGAGCAUUACAACGUCAGGGAUGACGAGCUUGCAAUAUGUAUUGCUACAUACAGAGCAGAAGCAAAAGUUUGCAACACCUUCAUCAAUUUUCUAGAAAGCACCUCGGCUUUCAAGUCUUGUGAAAAAGAAAAAGCGUGUCAAUGAUGAGCUGGUGAGGCAUGAGGAGUACUUUAUAGAUUGGGCUACAGGCAUUUUAGAGGCAAUCAAGGACGAGAUGGAACCGUGUCUUUCUUCAUUCUACGAGCUUGUGGACGAAAUGUUAGAUGAGGUAACAAGCAGUGAGGGUAAAAAUGAUGCAAUCAGUUCAAGGAAAAUGCUGCAGACAAAAUACCAGACUUUGGAAACCAAGACGAAACUUACAUUCAGCGUAGUGGAACGCAUUAGGACACAGUAUUCCAUUAAUCAAACCAAGGAUUCAAGAAUAAAUGAUGGAAAACUGAAACAAGUGUUGGAUGCACUUGCCAAGAUGAAACGCGAAUUUGAAUCCAUCGAGAGGCCAACUUUACUACCAGAGACGCCUCUAAGGGCGCGGAUUCCAGGACUUCGUUUCCUGUCAAGACAGUUGUCGAAAGUUGAAUACAGCCUUAAAUCAGAGUAUGAGGCGCAAAGAGGGUUGCUGCCAUUUCCUUUCAAACCAAUUGUUUCUAUUCCUUUGGUUCGUAGUCUGUCAACCAGAGUCCCGAAGAUGAGACAGGUAGAGCAUCUAGAGUCUUUUGUAGUUCACCGCAGUACUUCUUCGGAUGCAGAGGCAUAACUUUCUAAGUUGAAGUGGGAGUUGGAGCUUGAGGAUCCUAGCAAUAUGGAGGGGGUUAUUGGGUGGGAGUUUGAUGAAAACUUUGACAAAGAACCAAGAAAGAGUAUAUAACAAUCAUGCAGUCCAAUAAGCUUAAUCUCUCCCAAGCUUAAAGGUUGGAUAAUUACACUUCAAUAUGAAAUUUCACCAUAUAAAAAACGAGGUUGAAAUUUAGAGUGCCACAUUUUUCAUGAGGUGAUAUUUCAUCUUUUCUUUUACUAUAAUUUUAGUUUUGGCUUUUAAGAAUUACUCCAUAUUGGUAAAUAUUGAGGGGAGUUGUGCCAAUCACAUUUGUUUCUUGAAUUUAAUUAUGUAUGGUGGCAGGAGGUAUAAUUUAUUUGGACAUCUGUACCAAUAUAUUUUUGUAUCUGUUGAAACGGAAAAAGGAAAGGUGUUCAAACCUCAUAAGUAUGCAACUUUGGUUUUCAA